UAACAUUAAAUCAAACCGGAUCGGGUAAAGCCUUGCAGCUCAAACCAACACUCAGCAUUCAGCAACACAGACGCAGAGGUAGGGUUUUGCGGCCGCCGGAAGUUUGACACGAUCUGCUCACUGUUACGCGAAGCAGUUCGCUGUUAUUUGGUGCGAGAGUGAAAAGAAAUCUAGGAAUCAAAGAUGAGGCCGAUUUUGAUGAAAGGGCACGAGAGGCCGCUUACGUUUCUCAAGUACAAUCGGGAAGGCGAUCUCCUCUUCUCCUGCGCGAAGGAUCACAAUCCCACAGUAUGGUUUGCCGACAACGGCGAGCGCCUCGGCACCUACCGCGGCCACAACGGCGCCGUUUGGACCUGCGAUAUCUCCAGGGACUCCACGAGACUUAUAACUGGGAGUGCGGAUCAGACUGCAAAAAUAUGGGAUGUCCAAAUGGGAACUCCGCUUUUCACUUUUAAUUUUGAUUCACCAGCGAGGUCUGUUGAUUUUGCUGUUGGUGAUAAGCUUGCCGUCUUAACCACGGAUCCUUUCAUGGGGUUGCCCUCUGCUAUCCACAUCAAGCGCAUUGCAAGAGACCCAGAAGAUCAGUCUGGAGAAUCCAUUCUUACUCUUAAGGGUCCACAAGGAAGAAUCAAUAGAGCAGUUUGGGGACCCCUGAAUAGGACAAUUAUAAGUGGUGGUGAAGAUUCUGUAGUUCGCAUGUGGGAUGCUGAGACUGGGAAGCUGCUAAAAGAGUCUGAGAAAGAGGAAGGGCAUAAAAAAGCUAUUACAUCACUUUCAAAGUCAGUAGAUGGUUCACAUUUUCUCACUGGAUCCUUGGAUAAAUCAGCAAAGCUCUGGGAUACAAGAACAUUGAAACUUAUCAAAACCUAUGGGACAGAGCGCCCUGUAAAUGCAGUUGCAAUGUCUCCACUUCUUGAUCAUGUGGUGCUUGGAGGUGGUCAGGAUGCAUCAUCUGUCACAACAACUGAUCAUCGUGCUGGAAAAUUUGAAGCCAAAUUCUACGACAAGAUCCUCACCGAAGAAAUAGGCGGUGUUAAAGGCCAUUUUGGGCCUAUCAAUGCCCUUGCAUUCAAUCCGGAUGGCAGGAGUUUCUCAAGCGGAGGGGAAGAUGGAUAUGUAAGGUUGCACCACUUUGAUCCGGAUUACUUCAAUAUCAAGAUCUGAACAAGAAGUGUUUGGUCAACUUCAAUUUAGUACCAUCAUGUUGUGAUGAAUUUUGGAACAUUCAAUUUUGUAUAGAUCAAUCACCAAAUUUAUUAUAUUAUCCGGGUAGUUUGACCUA